AUGGCUGAGUCUCAGCAGAGCCAGGCAGCCAGCGCAGGGGGCACUCAUUGCCCCAAAGCUAACCGGGUCUUGAGUCUAGAAUAUCUGGAAGAGUUGCACAUUGAAAAGAACCUGAUUGUAAGCAUCCCCAGAGUCAUCAAUCACCUGAGGCAUAUGAAGGUCCUCUACUUGGAUCAGAAUCACAUACAGGACAUAUGCGAAGAACUGGGGGAGCUGAAAUGUCUUCUGAGCUUAGAUUUAAGUAACAAUCCCCUCUCUUGUAGUUCGCUGACAGUUAUCAGCAAGUUGCAGUCCCUUCGUCAGCUCAGGCUCUAUAAAACAAACUUGCACAAAAUCCCAGUGCGGAUCUGUGAAUACCUCCAUUGUGUUGAACUGCUUGGCCUUUCUGAUAAUAAUCUCAAGUGUCUGCCUAAAGAAAUAGUGAACCUGACAAAACUCAAGGAAAUUUACCUCCAGAAAAAUAGAUUUUAAAGUUUUCCCAAGGAGCUUUGCCAUAUUGCUAAUUUAGAAAGAAUAGAUCUGGAACAAAAUCUAAUCAGUCAUCCAGAAGAGGUAGGCUUUUUGAAAAACUUAGUUAAGCUAUUUUUAGCUUUUAAUAACUUAUCCUCCAUUCCUCCUACACUGCAACACUGCCAGAAGCUGGCUGUGCUGGAUCUGUCUCAUAAUCUCCCGCAAAAGCUUCCCCCAGGUUUGAAGAAUCUCACUGAAAUGAGGGUAUUCAGACUGUCUGCUAACAGCCUGAAGAAGUUCCCACACCAGAUCUGCUGCUGGCCGUCCCUUUCCCGUGUUUAUUUGAGGAACACCGGACUGUGCACAGUACCCAGGUUAACCGGCAUAAGGAUACUAGAUCUGAGUGAAAAUUGCUUUGAUGAGAUUCCUAAAGGAAUAUGCACUAUGAAAAAUCUGGAAGUAUUGGCCCUGGAUGGCAAUCGGAUACAGGAGAUACCUGCAGAGGUGAAAAAACUGACAAAUUUGAAAUGCCUUAACUUAUCUGAAAAACAAUUCAGUAUCUUUCCAAAGGAUCUUUCUCCAGAGUCAUUAGAGAGAUUAUACCCGGGACAAGAUAAAGGAAUUAAAUUCACAAGUCAGCCAGAAGACAUCAGCAAAUUGCAGAAUCUGAAAGAACUGCAUAUGGAGAAUAAUUGUCUGGAGUACCUGCCCGCAGCCAUCAGCUCCUUGACCCAUUUGAAAAUACUUGACUGUCGCAACAACCUCCUUAAACAGCUCCCAGACUCUGUAUGCCAAAUACAAGGUGAAAAAUAG